UCUCCCCAGCAGGGGCCGCUGCCGCCCCGCUUACACAACAGGCAGAGAUUGUGUUGCUGAUGUCAGUGUUAAGCUUUGCAGAUGAGUGGAGGAGCUAGAAAGAGGACUUCCUGUAUUCAGAGCUCCAUCCAAACCGACUGCUGGAGUGUGUGCGGCGAAUGAAUCCGAGUGUCCUUACGGUAAAUCACCAAUCCACCCUCCCACCUCGUCGUCUUCAAACCCAGCAUCGUGGUAGCGGCUACUGCGAGCCAAGCGCACCGCAGCCUGCGUGUCUAAAUCGGGAUAACACAAGCUCUGCAGAGCCACUGUGAAUAUACGACGGGCCCUAGUAAAACUACUGCAGUGCUGACAUUACCGCUGCAAGAAGGAUCAUUUCACAGCAAUAAAGCGGAAUUUAUUACUUACCUGCAUUUCUGAAGCGAUUGAUGCACCGAGUCUUGAUGUGAUCUGUGUAUUCUUCAGGUAUGGCUGUUCUCAAACUCACUGACCAGCCCCCGCUGAUCCAGGCCAUAUUUAAUGGGGAUCCGGAAGAAAUCCGAAUGCUGAUCUAUAAGACAGAGGAUGUCAAUGCUUUGGACUCUGAGAAACGGACCCCCCUACACGCUGCAGCCUUCCUGGGGGACGCAGAGAUCACUGAGCUCCUCAUCUUGUCAGGUGCCCGUGUGAACGCCAAGGACAACAUGUGGCUGACUCCCCUGCACAGAGCCGUGGCGUCGCGCAGUGAGGACGCGGUGCGCGUGCUGAUCCGACACUCUGCCGACGUCAACGCGCGCGACAAGAGCUGGCAGGCUCCGCUGCACGUGGCAGCGGCCAAUAAGGCGCUGCGCUGCGCUGAGGUCAUCAUCAUCCCGCUGCUCAGCAGCGUGAACGUGUCAGACCGGGGGGGCAGGACGGCGCUGCACCACGCUGUGCUCAAUGGACACGUGGAGAUGGUUAACCUGCUCUUAGAAAAGGGAGCCAAUAUCAACGCCUUUGAUAAGAAGGACAGGAGUGCACUGCACUGGGCUGCUUACAUGGGUCACCUGGAGGUGGUGUCGUUGCUGAUCAACCACGGAGCGGAGAUCUCCUGCAAGGACAAGCGUGGCUACACCCCCCUCCACGCUGCAGCCUCCAAUGGGCAGCUCGGGGUGGUCAAGCACCUGCUCAACCUAUCUGUGGAGAUUGAUGAAGCCAAUGCGUUUGGCAACACGGCUCUGCACAUCGGCUGUUUCAAUGGGCAGGACGCGGUGGUGAGCGAGCUCAUUGAUUACGGAGCCAACGUGAAUCAGCCCAAUAACAAGGGCUUCACCCCCCUGCACUUCGCAGCGGCCUCCACACACGGGGCGCUGUGCCUGGAGUUCCUCGUCAACAACGGGGCCGAUGUCAACAUGCAGAGUCGAGAUGGGAAGAGCCCCCUCCACAUGACUGCUGUGCACGGCCGCUUCACUCGUUCACAGACCCUCAUCCAGAACGGUGGAGAGAUCGACUGUGUGGAUAAGGAUGGGAACACCCCUCUGCACAUCGCAGCCCGCCACGGGCACGAGCUCCUGAUCAACACUCUCAUCACCAACGGAGCCGACAGCACAAAGCGUGGUAUCCACGGCAUGUUCCCACUGCACCUCGCUGCUCUCAAGGCUCACUCUGACUGCUGCCGCAAGCUGCUGUCCUCAGGCCAAAAGUAUAGCAUUGUUUGCUCGUUCAGUAACGAGUCGGUCCUGUCUGCAGGCUUUGAGAUAGACACCCCGGACAGCUUUGGAAGGACCUGUCUGCACGCUGCGGCCGCCGGAGGAAAUGUUGACUGUGUGAAACUCCUUCUGAGCAGUGGGGCGGACUUUAACAAGAAGGACAAAUGUGGAAGGACCCCGCUACAUUACUCUGCGGCGAGCCGUCACUUCCAGUGCAUCGAGACGCUUGUUUCCACGGGAACCAGCGUGAACGCAGCCGACGACUGGGGCCGCUGUGCCCUGCACUACGCAGCGGCCUCUGACCUGGACAGGAAGAGGCGCGGUAUUUUGGGGGAGACGCACGGAGCGGUGGAGGAGAGUGAGGGAUCCCAGGAGGAGAGAGAGAAGGAAGCCUCGCUGUGUCUGGAGUUCCUGCUGCAGAACGAAGCAAACCCGUCAAUCCGAGACAAGCAGGGCUACAGCGCCGUGCAUUACGCUGCAGCCUACGGGCACAGGCACUGCCUCGAGCUGCUCCUGGACCGGGCUCACAGCAGUCCAGAGGAUUCAGGAUCUCCGGGUGGAGUGAGGAGCCCCCUGCACCUUGCGGCGUAUCACGGGCACGCGCAGGCUCUGGAUGUGCUGCUGCAGUCCGUGUCGGACCUCGACGCUGUGGAUGAGGGGGGCAGGACGCCGCUGUCUCUCGCUGCUCUACGCGGACACGCAGAGUGUGUGGAGGCUCUGCUGAGCCAGGGGGCCUCCGUCAACGUGACGGAGAAGAGCCGAGGCAGGACCCCUGUGCACCUGGCAGCAAUGAAUGGACACACGCUGUGCCUGCAGUUGCUGAUAGAGGGCGCUGAGAGUGCAGACAUUGUGGACGUCGCUGACUCCCGAGGACAGACCCCCCUCAUGCUUGCGGUGGCGAAUGGUCACAUGGACGCUGUGGAUCUGCUGCUGCUGGACAAGGAGGCGAGGGUGGACCGAGUGGACUCACAGGGCUGUACCGCCCUGCAUCUGGGGAUCCUAACUGGUCACGAGGACUGUGUUCAGCUGCUGAUGGAGCAGGAGGCCUCAUACCUGUUGGGUGACUGUCGCGGUCGCACGGCUCUCCACUUUGCUGCGGCGCGAGGCCAGGCCACGUGGCUCUGUGAUUUCCUGCCAAACACCUUCUCCGAGGGGAAUCCUGCACUGCGGGACAGCCAGGGCUACACGCUGCUGCACUGGGCCUGCUACAACGGUCACGAGAACUGUGUGGAGGUCUUGUUGGAACAGAAAGCGUGUCGCAGCUUUGAGGGGAACUCCUUCUCCCCGCUGCAUUGCGCUGUGAUAAAGAAUCACGAGAGCUGUGCCUCGAUCCUGCUGGACACGCUGGGUUCUGGCAUCGUGGAAUGCAGAGACAUCAAGGGCAGGACCCCCCUGCACGCGGCUGCCUUCUCCGAUAGCGUGGACUGUGUGCAGCUGCUCCUGAGCCACGGCGCGCCCGUCAACACUGUCGACCAAUCAGGGAGGAGCGCUGUCAUGAUGGCGGCAGAGCACGGCCGGGCGGGGGCUGUAGAGGUGUUGGUGACGAGUGCCAAUGCGAACCUGAGCCUGAGGGAUGAGAACAAGAACACAGCAUUCCACCUGGCCUGCAGUAACGGCCAUGAGAAAUGUGCCUUGUUGAUUCUUGGCAAGAUAGAGGACCAGAACCUCAUCAACGCCACCAACGCAGCCCUGCAGACUCCUCUCCACCUCGCUGCCAGGAACGGACUGAAGCAGGUCGUCCAGCUGCUCCUCUCUCGAGGGGCGAGCGUACAGGCACUCGAUGAGAACGGUCACACCCCAGCCUUGGCUUGUGCUCCUAACAAAGACGUAGCUGACUGCCUGGCCCUCAUUCUGGCUACCAUGAUGCCUUUGUGCUCCCCUUGCAGCUCGGGACCCCCUAUGUUGAAGCCUGGCCGAUCGGGGAGGGGGGGCUGUGAUGUGCGGGACCCUCACGCUCGCCGGGGUCACGGCUGCUCCAGCGAGCCCCCCCCUCCCCAGAGCAGGAACAGCCAAGCGGAGGAGAAUGAUUCGGACUCGGAGACCUUCUGAGACUCAACGACGCAACACCUUUUCAUGUGCUUCAGUGCAGCCUGCCUGCCUGCCUGCCUCCCUCCCUGCACAGCCCAAGAAAUGCUAAACGGAUCCAAAUUCUCAACGCGGUGGGGGGAAGAGUGCAGGAAACUCCAACACCCAGAGCUGGGAGCUAUGCUGGUCUCCAGCAGAGACUGUAAAGUCCUGUCUUACUGUAUCGUUCUACAGCUCACUAGUUGAUGUCUGUGAAUCUAGUUGGUGUAAACCUGGGCUGUGUUUUUUUUUUCUUUUUAUAAACCAGUAUAGGCUGUUACCAACCAGAAAACAGUUAACCUGUUUUCUCAGUUCUUCUGCUGUCAAAGUCCCUGUCCUUGUGAGAUGAUGCCCAGGCCAAGCCCAGGACUCCAGUAUGUCAGUAGAAACAUGGCUGAUGUCAUCCUCAACCCACUAGUUUCAAGGAGGGAGGGGGGCGGCCUGUCAUUGUAGUCUUCUGCCAGUGUGUUUGAAGCUGGCUAGCUCUGCCCAUGUGUUUAAAGCUGGCUAACUGACCAUGUGUUUUCUGCUCCAGCAGGGGACCCCUCGUCCACCGCGGUUUAGGGUGUUUGUGAAAGGGGGUCCCUCUGUAUUGAAUCAUACGGCUCCAACGGACACACCCGCACAGCGCCACCUGCAGGAAAAGGACCGACACAGUGGGGAAGAAUCAUCGUUUUGAUUUUAGAUUUUGUUUUUUGUUUUUGUCGCUUAAUCAUUUUAAAUAAUAAUUUCUUUGAAACUUUGGACAACUGCCACUAGACAGCAUUCCUACUCUUCACACAGGGACCUUGUUUAACCUUCUGAAAUGGUAUGCCUUCUAGGGAGCUGUUGGACUAGCGGCAGGGGGGUGAGUGGACGAGAGAGUGAGCACUUAAUAAUGAAAGUGUGACUGUUAGUAUUUAAGACCAAGCAGAGAUGCUAGGGUAUAUUGCCGGGCAGAGCGUUGUUGCUUUUCUAUUAAAAUCCCAAAGCGUUGCCUUCUGAAUUCUGUAGCUGUUCUCCAGCUACUGGAUCGGUUCCCAGGACAGGCAGAUGCAUCACUGAAAAUACCGUACUGUCAAGAAACAAGACAAGUCAUUUGUUUAUUGCUUUCAAUGCAAAUGUAAUGCACAUUGAAAUCUUUAGUGACAUACAGAAACUGGUUUUGCCAAUCCCCUCUGUUGGGAGUGAUCUGUUCUUGUCUGAGAGGGAAGCUUGGUUUUGGCAGCUCUGCAGUGUGUGUGUGUGUGAGCGUGACUGGGUUCUGUGUCAAAGGUACGAUUUAUCAUUAUUUAUAUAAAGAAAUGUGUUCGCUGAGGAUGUCGGGACAACAUUGUCGUCCAAGGUUUUGUAAGUUGUGUGAAUCCCACAGCUCAGCUACUCGCUCACUGUGUGGGCAAGGGUGGCAGUAUUCUUGUAGUCCUUCCUGUGUCUUGCCUGCUUGAUAUAUCCUGCACACGAGGCUCCUAGCAAUGGGGAUCACUCCAGUGUCGCAAACCAAAAGAUUAAGACAUGUUCUGUGAUGUAAAAAGCAGCAAAAAAUGUGUUAAUCCUUGGUUAUUUCCCCUUUAUUUUCUUUACCUCUCCCCCAUUCCACUCUGUAGCAGCCCAUCCGUGUGUCACACCAUCCAGGUUUCAGCAGUGUUCUAACUCUAGUUAGUACCCUUCCUGUAAUGGUGUGGACUUUAAUUGUGUGUCAAACCUGCACCUCCAUUAGCGUGUCUGUGGCAAGGAUUGUACUGUACUGUACUGUACUGCAGCCUCAAGUCUUUCCAACCUGUGAUCUACCAGUAGAGGUCUUUCGUUUUAUUAGUGUCUGAAAAGCUGCUUGGUUGUGUUUGCAUCUUACUGAGUGUCAAAGGAGAUUUGUUGAAAAUUCUUAGCGGGGUAUAAACCAGUUUAGGACCAGGAUGCAGCUUUUUAAUUACAGUCAGCACUCGGAUAUCCGUUACCCAGAUACAUGUCAGUCGUGUUUUACCGCCCUUGUAUUAAGAAUAAAAUCAAUCCCCAUUAUUUAUAUAGAUAGAUAGAUAGAUAGAUAGAAAAUAACAAAUGAAUGCACUUACCCGUCACACAUGAUUUCCGACUCCAUCACCAGUUUUCUGAUACAAAGCCCACCUCUUCAAUGUUACAAUUUAUUUGAAUAUCCGUCGCAGCCCGUGUUUUUGCAUGCCAAAUCAGUCUGAAAGUAGUUGCUAUUAAUAGAUACAGACAAUAAAUCUACCCACUACCCAACCAUGCCCCAGUUUUGUCUGCUCAUGAAUAUGCAUGACAGUGGCAAUUCCUUUAUAUUUUAUCUUUAUCUUUAAUUAUAUCUUUGUUGUAUUUUACAGAAUUUUGCUUUGUAUUUUACUGUUUGUGUUUUUUUGUGGGUUUUUUUUGCGGUAAAUAGUGAGACCCUGUGCAGUUACAAAGCUCUUCCUCUAUUUGCACCUGACAAAUGUAGCCAAAACAAAGCAGAGACAAGCUACGGUAAUGUAGCAGUUUUAGAUACUGUGAUGUAUUUUUUUAAAAUCUGUGAUCUUUAGUUGUUUUUGUGCAUUUUCAUUUGCAAUUGAACUGUGACAUUAAGGCCUUAUCAAGCACUAUAUUCUGCUACUUUGGAUACUGUUUUAAUUCUGGAAACUGCGUCUUUUUUUUUAUUUUUUAUCUUUUGCUCAAUUGCGUCGUAUGCCGUUUCACGUCGUAUGCAGUUCCGUGCAAAAGUAACAUUUUUACUUAAUUUUGCUGUUGGGUCAUUAAACGGAAUUUUACAUACUGCUACAAUAUAUAUCGGAUUUAAAAGUAUAUACUGUAUUACAAUCCACGUGUCGUCUUUUGGCAAGUGAUAUUUUCAUUAUCAUAUUGUUCUGAAUUAAAACACUUCUGUUGAAAAUAUAGUACUGUACCAACAAAAGCAAUACAGUACAUCUAAAUCAAAGUCUACUUAUUUUAAAAGUCUUUUCAGAUAUGUAUUUUUGAUGUUGUAUCAUUUUUGUGUUCCCUGAAAAACAGACAAGGGUUGGAACUGGCCAAAAUGCAAUAAUCAGAUAUGCGUCGCAUGCGUUUAACCAUCACUGAAGUCAACAUUGUAUAGGGUUGGAUAUGUGAGUGCUGACUGUAGUACACUUAAACAAUUUAGAAUAGGAUUGGAGAAAAGACCUGGACUGGAAGGACCCGGGGCUGCAGUUUGCCACACUUGAAUCUGGACUGGUCCUCCUGAGAGGCAGCCAGCAGUGUUGGUGCCUCUCUUCCCCUCUCCUCUCUGAGAGAGCGAGCUGUGGGUGCCAGGUGGCUGGCUCUGUGUCUCAAUGAGGGAUUGUACUGCCUGGGGCUCCAGCUUUCUCCAGCGCUGCAUUUCCACUGUCCUGAAAUCCUGUUGAGGCAGCUGAUGAUUAGUGGGAUCAGUCAACAAGCUCUUUAGAUACACUGUGCUCUGAUCUGCAGAGAGGAAUUAAAUAUCUUUUUACUGUAGAAACCUAGCAAGAAAUGGUUCCUCUAGCCAAUGUCUUUCCUCCUUGGACAUUGGCAAAAACAGGUCCCAUUGUCUCUGCCUGGAAUCCCAACAUGACUGCCUUUCUUGAGCUUCUGUUUCUAUAGUUUAAAACAGAAGUGUUAAUUACCCAAGACCUGGUUUGAGCACAGUUGUAUUGGACAGAGGAAACACAGUGUGCUAGUUCUGGAAGCUUGUGGGGAUGUUCUGAUUAGAUUAGAUACCCUACCCUACCCUACCCACGUGCCACUCUCACUCAACUGUCCAGUGCCUUUUUACACUCUUUGUAUUCUUAAGAUCUCUGUUUGCUCUAUUAAAAAAAUUUCUGUGAUAUCAAAGCAAUAUGAGACCAGUGAAUUUUCUUAAUUUAAGGAGGGAGGAUUGUAGGUUAAAAAAUAAUAAAAAGGUCCUCCACUCCUCCCUCUCUCUCUCUCUCUCUGUUGAAUGUAAAAACCAUUUUGUUUCAUAAACUUGUCAGGGUGCAGAAAUUACUAUAAAUGUAAAACUUUUUUUGUACAGAGCAAUUGUUUUGUGAGGCAGAAGCAGUGGUGUUGACUAAUAAAAAAUAAAAAAAAAGGUUUCUGGAGAACCAGACGGUAUGAAAUUGUCAGUGUUAAAAAGGCCAUUGAAAGUUGUGACAAUCUGCUAACUGUGUGAGUUCCUGAUACAGUAGUUAAAUAAGCAAAUGGCCUUGCAUUGGUUAUGUUUUAUCUGUUUUAUAUAUAUUAAAAUAUAAUAUAAAUAUCA